AUGGUGGCGGCCGCUCUGCGUGGUGGCGGCCUGUCGCUGCGCCCCCUUGUGGUACGAUUUACAGAUCCGAGCAUCGACGAUGUGCAUGUCGACCUUGUCUACGAAAAAGUGCCGGAUGGAGAGGAUCGGCAAUGGCCACGUCUGGCGGAAGAAACCGUCGGCGAGUUUAAACAACGCCUGUCGAAGAUGUACCCACAAAUGCAGGGACGAAGACUACGUCUGAUCCAUCUGGGGCGGAUCUUGCCGAAUGGUGUGCGUCUUGCGUCAUGGCUCGACACGUUGUCUCUAGUCGAAGAGGAGCCGCACGCCGAGAUGAUGCAUUUGCGACGUCGUCCAGCAGAGCAUGACAUGUAUACGUUGGAGCCGGGCGUAGACAUAGACAAUGCAUUGCAUGACAAAUGGCAUGGAAAACAACGUUCUCUCGAUCCUGACUUGGAUGCCGAUGGGCCUUUACAUACCACAGUGUGGCGCCAGCCGACAGUGUACUUACAGUGUUCGAUCGGCGGUCUGCUUGAAGAGGAGCCAGAGCAUUCCGAAGGGCAGCACAUGCCUGAGCCAGCGCAUGAGCCUCGUGGCUUUGAUCGGCUACGACAAACUGCGGGGAUGUCCGCGCUCGAUAUCCAACUGAUGCGUGAGCAAUUCCAUCAGCGAUCUGGCUUGCAAGCGGCGCGAUCGGGCGACCUGUUACGUCGGCGGGAAGAACAGGAAAUGGCGUAUCAAUUGGAAGAGCAAUGGAUUGAUUCCAUGGCUCAGACACCCAUGGUCCAGACCCGUACGUCGGUGCCCAUGAGCGUGUUGAAAGGGCUCAUGAUUGGUUUCUUUUUCCCCAUCCUCCCUUUCCUGUUCGCCUACGAUCCUAAACCAAUUCGCUGGCCACGCAUUGAGCCUACGUUGCCGGACUUACCUACAGCGAUGGGCCGCCCCGAAGAGCGGCAGCGCCUGGAAUCUGCCUUAUCGGAUGCCAUGGCCCGUAUGCAGACGCGGGAGGCCGCUUCCGGGCCGCAGAUGGAGGCACAACGGGAAGAGACACGACGUGCCAUUACAUCCGUGCUGGAUUUCCUUGUUGCCUCUCGGCAAGCGCAAGACCGUGCCCAGUCGCAAACCUCUUCUACGUCAGCGCGCGAAACGCAACGUAGCGGUGACCACGACGACGACGAUGAUGACGACGAAGAGGACGACGAGGAGGAAGAGGCAGGGACGGAGACAUCGCCCUCACUACGCCGUCGUUUCCGGUGGCAACCGCCCAGCCCUGAUCGAUAUGUUAUCUUCUCGCCCUAUACCCUAGCAGCCAUUUUGCUUGGCUUCCUGAUCAAUCUUGUACUUGCAACCCUACGAUUACUUUGGUAA